AUCAUCAUUAACGUUCUGCUCGUGUACAGAUGUGCGUCUCCAGGUGUCUGCGAUGUGUCGGCGUCUCUCUGGUUCCCCUGGCAACCGUCUGCAUUCUCUCCAACAUCCUGCUGCUGUUUCCUGAGCUGAAGAUCCACUUCCUGUUGGAGGGUCAUGUGACCAGAGAGGCCACCUGGGUCCCGGGCCUGUGGGGGUCCGGCCUCCUGGUUCUGCUCGGAGCUCGAGCGUUUGUGCGCAGCAGCAAAACACGAGGCUGCUGCGCCUUCAGGAGUGAGAUGUUGUGUCAGGUGACGUACUCCUGUGUGUGUCUGCUGGCUGCUGGGAUGUGCUGUCUGGUCAGUGCCACCGGUCUCGUGCAGGGUCCUCUCUGUCUGUACAACACCAGCUCUGGUUCCACCUGGGGGGUCCCGCUCAAACCCACCGCUGACCAGGAUGCAGGGUAUCUGUAUAACAGCAGUCUGUGGUCGGGAGUGUGUCUGGAGCCCAGAGGUGUGGUUCAGUGGAAUGUAGUUCUGUUCAGCGUGCUGGGGGGCGCCAGCGGGCUGCAGGUCGUCCUCUGUGGAGCGAACAUCCUCAACUCACUGCUGGGACUGAUCCUGGGUCAGGGAUUCUGCAACAACAAGGUCAGUCCAGUUUCAGCUUGAAACCGGUCGUCAUGGAUCCUGGAGGAAGAAGAAGAAACUCUUCAUCAUAC